AUGUCUACCUCGAUCACCACAGACGUCAGCAACUACGAGGCUCAUGGAUAUGGUGACCCAAGCCAUAGGAUGAAAGCCUUGACCUGGCAAGGGAAGAAUUCGGUUAAAGUUGUGGAAACGGCUUGCCCAACGAUCAUCGAUACAGGCGAUGUCAUACUUCGAGUGACGGGCAGCACCAUUUGUGGGAGUGACUUACACCUAUUGCACGGGGCUAUCCCAGAUCUCCAGCCAGGUGAUAUCCUCGGCCACGAGUUCUGCGGUGUUAUCGCAAGCGUGGGACCGGCUGUUAAGAAGGUCAAAGUGGGUGAUCGCGUUGUGGCAUCCUUUCAAAUUGCCUGUGGGGAGUGUUAUUAUUGCAAGAAGAAGCUAUCCUCGAUGUGUGAGCGGACGAACUCGAGCGAGGCAGCCUAUAAACUAUAUGGGCGUCGAACAGCUGGUAUGUUUGGAUACUCCCACUUCACAGGGGGAUUUGCUGGUGGGCAAGCAGAAUAUGUUCGCGUCCCUUACGGUGAUGUGAAUCUCCUUCUGCUGCCUGACGACGUCCCCGAUGAAAAAGGUCUCUAUCUUUCCGAUGUUCUGGCAACAUCUUGGAACGCUGUUGUUGACACUGGGGUUGAGGAGGGCGACACCGUAGCCAUCUGGGGAGCUGGCCCUGUUGGGCAAAUGGCCGCCGAGUUUAGCUUUUUUAAUGGUGCUAAAAGGGUUAUCCUUAUUGACGGCGGCCAUGGAAAAUGGCGACUAGACUUUGUCAAGAAAAUUUUACCCAAGCUCGAGACAGUCGAGUAUACGAAUCUCGCAAAGGGCGAGUCUGUCACCUCGACCCUGAAAAAAAUGUGCGACGGCCGUGGGCCUGAUGUGGCGAUUGAGUGCGCUGCUGGUGAGUAUGCAAAAGGAUGGGCUCAUUACUUUGAGAGGCUGCUAGGGAUGGAAACGGACACGCCUGAGCUUGUUAACGAGAUGAUUACCUCUUGUGAUCACUUCAAUAUCGGUUCUUUGAUGGAGACCGGGAUCCGUCUUAUUGGCAAUGGACAAGCCCCUGUGCAAAAGUACUGGAAAGACCUAUUGAAUUAUAUUCAGCAGGAGAAGAUCCAUCCCCUGCAUAUGGUCACCCACCGGUACAAGCUCGAGGACAUGGAGAAGGUCUACGAUUUAUUCAAUAAGCGUGACCCGGGAAUGCAGAAGGUUUUUGUCCAGACAAAGUUUUCCGACCCUCCAGCACCAGGGGCGCCUGCCCUAACAGAACUCUGA